GCGCCGCGUCACGUCCGGCGGCGGGAGAGCGGCGCGGAGGAGGUGCGGAGCGCGUCGGCCUUGGGCGGCUCUCAGAGUGCGACGUCGCGAGAGGCUGCGGCGGGGCCUCCGUAGAGAAGGCAAGAGCCUGACAGCUUCCGUCCAGGCCAGCAGCGGUGACAGCCAUCCGGAGUCAUGAGCGACAGCGGCGAGCAGAACUACGGCGAGCGGGAAUCCCGUUCUGCUUCCAGAAGUGGAAGUGCUCACGGAUCCGGGAAAUCUGCACGGCACACCCCUGCAAGGUCUCGCUCCAAGGAAGAUUCAAGACGUUCUAGAUCAAAGUCACGGUCCAGAUCUGAAUCUAGGUCUAGAUCCAGAAGAAGUUCUAGAAGACAUUAUACAAGGUCACGAUCGCGAUCCCGCUCCCAUAGACGAUCUCGGAGCAGGUCUUACAGCCGAGAUUAUCGCAGGCGGCACAGCCACAGCCAUUCUCCCAUGUCCACUCGAAGGCGUCAUGUUGGGAAUCGGGCAAAUCCUGACCCCAACUGUUGUCUUGGGGUGUUUGGAUUGAGCUUGUACACCACAGAAAGAGACCUGAGAGAAGUGUUCUCUAAAUACGGCCCCAUUGCUGAUGUGUCUAUUGUGUAUGACCAGCAGUCUAGACGCUCUAGAGGAUUUGCCUUUGUAUAUUUUGAAAAUGUAGAUGAUGCCAAGGAAGCUAAAGAACGUGCCAAUGGAAUGGAGCUUGAUGGACGUCGAAUUAGGGUCGAUUUCUCUAUCACAAAAAGGCCCCAUACCCCAACACCAGGAAUUUACAUGGGGAGACCUACUUAUGGCAGCUCACGCCGCCGCGAUUAUUAUGACAGAGGAUAUGAUCGGGGUUAUGAUGACCGGGACUAUUACAGCAGGUCAUACAGAGGAGGUGGUGGAGGAGGCGGCGGAUGGAGAGCUGCUCAAGACAGGGAUCAAAUUUACAGAAGGCGGUCACCUUCUCCUUACUACAGCCGUGGAGGAUACAGGUCACGUUCCAGAUCGCGAUCAUACUCACCUCGUCGCUAUUAAAGCAUGAAGUUGAAGACUUUCUGAAACCUGCCAUAGAGCUGGGAUAUUGUUUGUGGACAAUAUUUUCUAUUGUCUCCUGUUUAAAAAGUGAACAGUGCCUAGUGAAGUUAGGUGACUUUUACACCUUUUAUGAUGACUACUUUUGGUGGAGUUGAAAUGCUGUUUUCAUUCUGCAUUUGUGUAGUUCGGUGCUUUGUUCAAAGUUAAGUGUUUUCAGAAAAGUAUGUUUUGCAUGUAUUUUUUUACAGUCCAAAUUUUGACUGCUGAGAAGUUUCUAUUGUACAAAACUUCAUUUAAAAGGUUUUUCUACUGAAUCCAGGGUAUUCUGAAGAUCGAAGCCUGUGUGUAAAGUGCUACCAAAUGGCAAAAAGCAACAAUAAACAAGUUUGAUUUUUACUUUUCUUUCUAAAUAUCAAUGCUUAACCAUUCUUAAGUUUCCAGUAAAAUAUUUUAAAAUAAAGAUACUCGUUUUCUUUCGGGA